GAGUGUUAUCAGCUGACCUUGAACCGCCCGGAUCGCCUCAGGGCACAGCGUGGCCCGGUGACCGGUCAGAGGUCCCUGACCUGACUCGGACGGCGGGCUGCGGACGGGACGCUCUGCUGUGUUUGGGGGUGUCCGUGUGUUUUGUUUUGGGUUGUUGUACAAAGAAGUGAUGAAGGUAAAGUAAACGAUCGAGAAGGGAAUUGAAAGUUGAUUUUUGUGUGAUUGAACCGGUGAUUUUGAACCUUUGUGACUUCUUGAACUAUCCGCGUGAAGAAGCUAGUUUGUGUCAAGUUUGAAGAGUUUAUUUGUGCAGCGAUGGCGGAGGAGCGUGCACGCCAGCCACAGAAGCACCAUCCGUGGUCAUGGCACAGAGUGUUUUUGCUGUUCGCACUGACGAUGACAAUGAUUCUGGGAUUUGUGGUGGUGGGUGGCAGCUCUGCCAUGAUGUCUGAGUGUAAGGAAGACGACACACGUCGGUCCGUCUACCUCAGUGAUAUCGUGAGGAAGUGCAACACCAAACGGGAGCUGCUGCAUCAGCUGAUGACAGCCUGGCAGUGCGACAUUCCACCUGGCCGGCUGCCUGCUGACCUGGCGGCUGCGUCGGGCGACCUGGCACGCUCCUGUGACAGUGACCUGCUUACCCAGCUGCGUCACGGAGGCCAGGGUACCCUGGCGGCUGGGGUGCUGCUCGUGGUGGCCUCUGGUGGCGGCUACGGUGGCGCUAUCAGCGGACGCAGUGGACCGCUGGCUCUGUACAUCGUGGUGACGGUGGUGACGACCGUCCUGGAGCUGGCCGCCAUCGGCCUGCUCGUCUACAACAAGUCUCAGCUGGACCAUCUGCCGAAGCUGAUGGAGUCGCUGCUGGCACAGCCGAUGACGGAACAGGAGCUGGUGGACGUGGUGAUCCUGGACGGCCCCGGAGGCAUCCUGACUGCUCCUGGAGGAAUCCUGACUGCUCCUGGGGAGGUGCCGACCCAAGCUACACAGCCCGGUAGAGAGAAGAGUGGAGGGGCUGGAGAGGAGUCGGUGCCUGAUGGAGAGGCCGGAGAGGUUGGUGGAAAGAAAAAUGGGACAGAAGUGAAUGCGACGUUGCAGCAAGGAGGUGGUAAUGGGACAAACCCUAGAGCUGAAGGAACGAUAGAUUCAGCUGGUGAAGCAGAUGGAUCAACAGAGGUUGGAAAGAAGUCAACCAAAGCACCAGCAAUCAAUGCAACAAGCUCUUCGGCAAAGUCAUCAGCAUCCUCACGAGUAGAUUCCUCUUCAUCCAAACCUCCCGCUCCCACUGAAGCUGUUAAGCCCGAGGGUAGACAAGCUAUCGAAAAAACAACCACCCACCCCGAAACUGCCUCGACUUCGCCGCCUACCAAUCACUCCGUCCUGCUUCAGAACACCACUUCUUAUACCCCAUCCCCUCCCACCUCACCAAUAUCUGAAAAGGUCAACAUGACGACACUCUCGUCUCUCAACGAGACCUCCCGACAGCGACGACACACGGACGCAGACUGGGAGGAAUCGGGAGAGGAUUGGGACGACCGAACCGAUGAGGUGAUUUUCCACUGGGCGCCCGCUGCCACAGACUGUCUGCUGCACCCGGAAGAGAAGAACCAGACUCACUGCUUCACAGAGCUCGAGAACAAACUGCGGCGAGAGCUUAACCAGUCGGAGCUGGUACUGGAGCUGAUGAUGGCCCCGCUGGUGUGCGCCUUCCUCGCCUGCCUGCUGCAGCUGACCACCAUCUGUGCUGCCUGGCACAUGAUUACCGACCAGCAGUCGCGCCGGCCGCGCGCGCAGGGCGCUCCCGGCCAACUCAGCACUCCCGUGUAGACGGUGAGUGAGCUGAUCAAGAACGAUCAGACGGAUCAACACGGCUGUGUGGUGACCCUUCUCCUGGCUGGAAGAAGCGCCAAGCGAGAAACGACUAAACUCUUGUGUGGAAGUACGCACAGGGACAUGUCGUGUGAAAGGGUCGCUAAAUAAAUGGGAAGAUAAAUAAA